AUGAAUAAGCGUCCCAGCAUAAUCCAACAGAGUCAAGAUGCGUUCAAGUUAAGAGAAAAGCUGAAAGUAAAGGCUCCAAAAUUUUAUGAAGAAAACGAACGGCCGUUGACUACAGGAGGGGCUAACAAGAAGCGACUAAACCUGAUUAUUGUGGCGCAUGGACGGUCAGGAUCAACUUUUCUUGGUAAUAUUUUCAACCAUCACCCAUCAGUGUUUUAUCUGUUUGAACCUUACCAAACAGUAGAACGAAUCGUCAGAGCCCAGGCACCUUUCAACCAACAUUACCAGGAAACGGCCUUUCGAUGGAUGCAAGGCGUUUUUCAAUGUGAUUUUGUAUCAGCCGCGCACGUGGAUGACUUACAAUCGUAUUAUCGAAAAAAGUACCCAGAAAACUACAACCCAAUGAAGAGUCUUGUGUUACUUUCCCCACCGUUCUGCCGCUACAACGCAACCGAUCCAAGAUGGACUUUGGACAGCUGUCCUCCACUCGAUCAGCAAACGAUGGAAGAAGAGUGUAAGAACAAGUACAGAAUAACGGUUGCUAAAGUGUUAAUAUCGAGGAUGCCUGAACAAAAUUUAAAGCAGUUGUUAUCUAUUUGCGAUACUUCGGAUCAAUUUGACUGUAAACUCCUUUUCUUAGUUCGUGAUCCGAGAGGUAUUAUCCCUUCUUCGAAAGCUGUCGGAUUUUACGGAGACAAAGAUGGAACCGCUUUGAAUGGAACAGAGCAGUUUAGCCAGAGUAUUUGCGGUUUGACAGAGGCCAAUUUGAAAAUCAUCCGAUCCUUGCGAUCUCCAGAGAAAUCGCAAUUUAUGUUACUGCGUUACGAAGAUUUAGCAGCGAAUCCUUUGAAAACUUUGCCAAGUUUGCUUAAGUUUGCUGGGCUUCCAAUGGACGAGAGUAUGUCAAACUGGCUGUACCUAGCAUCCCAUUUGCCUGAAACUGAAAGCGAACGAAAAGCCGCACGGUGGAGACAAGAUUCCCAGGAGGGAGCUGAAAGAUGGCGCUGGAAAGUCAAACCUGGAACCAUCGCUGUUAUUGAGCAGCAGUGCAAGCACGUGAUGAACAUACUGGGGUAUAAACCAGUGAAUGGAUCACGGAAAAUUCAAACCAAUCUUACAGUUAGCCUGUUAAAAGACAACUACGAGGCGUUGCAAUGGUUUAAUGACUAA